CUCGAAAAACCUCCCACUUAUGACCAGCAAAGAACCUGCAACAAACGAUCUCUUUUGGAACUUGAACAUCUUUACGAGCCAGCUAGCGUUGCAUUGAGUUGACGCCGAAUUCGCCUCGUACACCAGCGCUGGCGGCCGGCUGAACUGCAUGCGCCAGGCAUUAUGGCCGCCGCCCCGCCAAAGCACGUGGAGGAGUCGCGUCUCCUCUGGAAUCCCGAGAAUGUCAAGGACGUCGCCGAGUCCGUCGGCAUCGGUUCUCUGAAUGAGGACGCGCUCAAGGUCCUCCAACAAGAUGUUGAGUACCGCCUGGGCCAGGUCAUCAUCGAGAGCUUGCGUUUCAUGCGACUCGCGGGCCGCACCACCCUGACCGUCCAGGACGUAUCGCAAGCGCUCAAGGCGCUCGACGUGGAACCUCUUUAUGGCUACGACUCGACCCGGCCACUGCGCUUUGGGGAGGCUAGCAUGGGACCGGGCCAGCCCCUGUUCUAUCUGGAAGACGAGGAGGUGGACUUCGAGAAGCUCAUCAAUGCGCCACUUCCCAAGGUGCCUCGAGACGCUACGUUUACAGCCCACUGGCUCGCGAUCGAGGGCGUCCAGCCCACCAUCCCGCAGAACCCCUCGACCACCGAAUCCCGUCCCGCCGAGCUCGUGCCCAAAGGGCCCGGUGCGAAUCCCGCUCUCGCCGCGCUUGCCGGAAACGACAAUGUCUCCUUCAGACCGCAUGUUAGGCACAUCAUCUCGAAGGAGCUCGUCUUGUACUUCGAUAAGAUCCAGUCGGCGAUCCUCGACGAUAACCCCGACGAUGAAGUGCGGCAGCUUCGCGAGGCCGCGUUACAGUCGGUGCGCGCCGACCCGGGCCUACACCAACUCGUUCCGUACUUUGUCAAUUUCAUAGCGAACCAAGUCACCCACAGGCUGGAUGACACCUUCGUCUUAAGGCAGAUGAUGGAGCUUACGGACGCGCUGCUUGACAACACCAACCUCUUCCUCGACCCCUAUGCCAGCCCGCUGAGCGCACCAGUCCUGACGUGUCUGAUGAGUAGGAAGGUUGGAUCGGAGGAGGGCACGGACGCGGUCAAGGAGCAGUAUGAGCUGCGGGAGUUCUCGGCAGGCGUGCUGGGCAGGAUCGCCAAGAACUAUAGCAAGUCGAACACGCGCCUGCGGCCCAAGCUGACGAGAACGUGCCUCAAGUAUUUCCUGGACCCGUCGAAGCCCUGUCCGGUGCUGUUCGGCGCCGUGUGUGGCCUCAGCGCUGCUGGCGGCCCUAUGUCGGUGCGGGUGCUGCUGAUGCCCAACCUCAAGUCGUUCGACACCAUGAUUCUGUCAUCCCUCCGCGAGAGGGGCGUUCCGAACACGGAAUAUGACCUGCUGCUCGGCGCGAUCGUCAAGGCCGUUCAAACCAUCGACAAGACGGAAUUUGACAUGAUGAACGGCGUCAGCGGUGGGGCGGACGGGGACGUCGCCGCGCAGCUGGAGGACUUCCUGGGCCCGACCAUUGGGCGGGCUGUGUUCAGCCUACAGAAGGACCGGCUGAACAGGUUGGUGUUGGAUGCUAAGGCGUUCAAGGACGAUUAGGGGCGCGUCUGUAGGCGCGAAAGGGAAUCCUGUCUUUUAUAAUGGUGAACGGAGUCCAGGCUGGUAUCUUAACCACAGGGAUAGGGCGAAUGGCUUACUUGAAUCCUCUUUUGAUCCCGGGAAAAGGCGUUAGGACACACAGGUAAUUAGGAGGCGAAAAUAACAUCCGUCAAUGCAUGUUACAUGAUUGAAUCUC